AGCCAUGGAAGACAACUCAAGCUUUUGGGACAGUUUGGUAUUUUCACACCCAAUCUGCAUGAACUGGAAGUCAGAAACCGAAGGAUCGAUCUAUCAUUUAGCUAGCAUUUUGUUUGUGGUUGGCUUUAUGGGCGGAAGUGGCUUUUUUGGCUUGCUCUAUAUUUUCUUUCUGCUAGGGCUGGGUUUUCUCUGCUCAUCUGUGUGGUCAUGGCUGGAUGUCUGUGCAGCUGACAUUUUCUCAUGGAAUUUUAUCCUGUUUGUGAUCUGCUUCAUACAGUUUAUUUAUGUAACCUACCAAAUACGGAGUGUUGCUUUUGACAAAGAAUUUCAAGAACUUUACAAUGCUUUGUUCCAGCCUUUGGGGAUCUCCUUGCCUGUUUUUAGAAAAAUUGUCCUCUGCUGUGGUGAAGUUAUUACAUUAGAGAAGGAACAUUGUUAUGCCAUGCAAGGCAAAACUCCAAUUGACAAGCUCUCCUUACUCUUGUCAGGAAGAGUUAGAGUGACGGUGGAUGGGGAAUUUCUGCAUUAUAUUUUCCCUCUUCAAUUUCUGGAUUCACCUGAAUGGGAUUCAUUAAGACCCACAGAAGAUGGCAUUUUUCAGGUAACCCUUACGGCCGAAACAGAUUGUCAUUAUGUGGCGUGGAGGAGAAAAAAAUUAUAUUUACUCUUUGCAAAACACCGAUUCAUCUCACGUCUGUUUUCAAUCCUGAUUGGAAAUGAUAUUGCUGAUAAACUCUAUGCAUUGAACGACAGAGUGAGCCAAGGGAAAAGAUUUCGAUACGAUAUUCGGCUACCAAAUUUCUAUCAUGUAUCAGCACCUAACACACCAAAAAAAAAAUCUGCAGACCAUUUUCAAAACAAUUCAAGACAACAAUAAAAUUAAAGACAAUAUACCUCUUACUACAAAAUGACAUAAUUUUGCCUUGUUACCACCAUUAAAUGGUGAAACGUACUAUGAUGGUAUCAUGUGAAAGACUCUCAAAAAGGGAGUCGGACUAGCUCAGGCUGUAAGGAGCCUGUUAUUAGAACACAGUAGCCUGCAAUUACUGCAGGUUCAAGCCCGGCCCAAGGUUGACUCAGCCUUCCAUCCUUUAUAAGAUAGGUAAAAUGAGGACCCAGAUUGUUGGGGGGGCAAUAAGUUGACUUUGUAAAUAUACAAAUAGAAUGAGACU